AUGUAGGUACAUAGAUUAGUAGUAUCACUCCGUCGAACAAGCUGGAGCCCCAUUCAUUCAUUCCUAGGCCGUCGAAAUAAAAUAAAAAACACAUUUCCAGAAACCGAGACGUCGACGAAAGCUUCAAGCUCGCUUUUUCCCCCCAGCCACUUUAUAACUACACACAUCUAUACGCAUAUUCCUACGGUAUAAACACAGCGACGAACUGCUCGGCCUAUACUUUUGGCCCAAGAUGCAACAACAUCCAAAUUACGGUCAUUCUCCACCGCUUCAUCAUCCCGUACCACAACAUGUCUCGACUGUCCCCCAACUGCGAUCCCCUCCACCACCAACGUCGUCGCAACCGCAGCAAGGCGGCUACGGUAAUCCAUACCAACAGAGCACUCCUGCGAGCGGCGCCAAUGUAUUCGGCGCAUAUGGCAACUUUAUGAAUGAUCCUAUGGCGGCACAGUUCGUAGGACAGGUUGGUCAGAAUGCCUUCAAACACGUCGAACAGAAUAUGAAUCGAUGGGUGAACUUCUCAGCCCUUAAACAUUAUUUCAACGUAUCCAACAAAUAUGUCAUCAACAAACUCUUCCUAGUCCUGUUCCCGUGGCGACACAAGCCAUGGUCGCGGCGGCAGACCGUAGGACCCAACGGACAGGAGGGAUGGUAUCUCCCCCCUCGCGACGACAUUAACAGCCCCGAUAUGUACAUUCCAGUCAUGGCACUCGUUACGUACAUCCUACUGUCAACCUUGAUAGCCGGUCUACGGGGUCAGUUCCAACCAGAAUUACUAGGAUAUACGGCCUCGACAGCAGGAGUCGUUGUGAUACUCGAAAUUCUACUUUUGAAGCUGGGCUGUUAUUUCCUAAGCAUAUCAAACGAAUCCCAGCUCCUCGACUUGGUGGCCUAUUCGGGGUAUAAGUUCGUUGGUAUCAUCGUAACGGUCGCUGUCGCCGAGUUGGUGAACGGAGGCAAAGGAACAGGCGGCUGGAUUGGAUGGGGCGUCUUCUUAUACACAUUCCUUGCCAAUUCCCUAUUUCUGAUGCGAUCAUUAAGAUACGUUCUCCUACCAGAAAGUACCGGAGGGGAGGCCCGGGGCCCAAUGCAAACCGACACCAGGACAAAACGAAACCAGCGGACACAAUUCUUAUUCGCGUAUUCUUACCUCAUACAACUUUUAUUCAUGUGGAUUCUUAGUAGGGGUUAGGCAUGUCAGCCAGGCUGAGUCAAUUACUUCUCGGGCCCAUCCAAGCUAUUUCGCUCCUCAAUUAGGUAGGCAGAGCGAUUCUAAGCUUCCAUUCUAUUCAGAUUUACCCUCGGAAAGAGGGAAAGUCUCGGAAUUAGUAGACUCGCUCCAACCGAAUAAUGCCACCCCCCCCCCAACCAUGGAAUCUCUAAGUGGGUACCUAGAAGAGAUAUAUGCGACAAUCUAAUGCGAAGAAGCAAAAGAAACUAUAAUAAAGUCCAUCAUUCAAAAAUCCUCGAUGUCGCUUUGCUUUUGUGUGUGCAGUAGUAGCUCACUGCGAAUCCAAGGCAAGGUGGGUUUUGCAUAUAAUCAGUCGGGUGCUUUAUUGGGUGCUUCUGCCUAGCAGGAAGAUGGAUAUUUUGGUAAAUGUGGUCUUUGCUAAUUCGGUACCCUGGACUCUUGAGACUGACCAAUAAUACAAAUAUCGGACAUGCAACCCAACGUAAACUGGAAGAAAAAAGCAACACAAUAUCCAAUACGUGUGCAUAUAUACCUAGUAUCCUUGACCUCGUCUUCAU